AUGACAGUUGGGAAGGCACUGAAGAAGCAGGUAAGUCCCUUCCAGGUGGAGAAACAGCUGGAUCGGGGCAAGGCUGCUGAAUCGACUGCUCUCCCUCCCUGCUCAUGGGCCUUUCCGUCUCCUUUUGCUCCUACAGAGGUGGUGAUCAAAGUCCAGGUGUACGAGAAUGGGGAUCUGUCCCCGCUCCCUCAGGCUGCUGUGGAAGUGUACGGGAACCAGACCUCGCUGGCUUCGGGUGCCACAGACCACGAGGGGGUCAGUAUGCUGCCCAUCAACUACCGCCUGGGAACCUGGGUCCUCGUCACGGCCUCCAAGCGCGGCUUCAUCACCAACUCCGUCCCUUGGCGCGUCAGCAAGCUGCCACUCUAUGCCUCUGUGAGCCUCUACCUGCUUCCGGAGCGGCCUGCUACACUCAUCCUGUAUGACGACGUGGUACAAAUCCUUCUCAGUUCUCCAGGAGCAAAGAGUCAGCCAUGGGCACAGUUCCCACGCAAAUCUGCCCGCCUGCCCCGCAACUCAACCUACAGCCAGCUCUCGGCUUCUCUGACUGCCGCCAGCAGUGGGCCAGACAUGAGGGGUUUCCCAUCCUUUAUCGGAAUGGAAAGCAACAGCAGUGCCGCCAAUCCCUGGCUCGAGCUGGUGCCCAUCGUCGCUGUCAGCGUCCACCUCUUCACCGGCAAUGGGACAGAAGUGCAGCUCUCCGGCCCUGUCCAACUUUCCAUCCCGCUGCUGCCUGGCUCGGCUGCCGCUGCGUCUUCCAGUGUGCCCGCCUGGCGCUUUGACCUCAAGAGUGCCGGCAACCCCUGGCUAGAGCUGGUGCCCAUCGUCGCUGUCAGCGUCCACCUCUUCACCGGCAAUGGGACAGAAGUGCAGCUCUCCGGCCCUGUCCAACUUUCCAUCCCGCUGCUGCCUGGCUCGGCUGCCGCUGCGUCUUCCAGUGUGCCCGCCUGGCGCUUUGACCUCAAGAGUGGGCUGGCCAGUGGAGCGGCGGGCAUGAAGGACCUGGUCACCUACCACACCCUCAUUCUGCUGACCAUCCUUGGUGCCCUGGCCCUGCUGGUCCUCAUUCUCCUCUGCCUCCUGAUCUACUACUGCAGGAGGCUGUGCCUGAAGCCGCGGCAGCAGCAGCACCGGAAGCUCCAUCUGUCUGGCGCGCUGGAUGCCUCCAAGAAGGACCAGGCCACCUCCAUGUCCCAGAUCAACCUCAUCUGCACGAGCCACCUGGAAACGGCCUCGUCCAACGGGGACAUGGACGUCCACACGCCCAUCCUCAAGUCGGCCUUCUCCUCCUCCCGCGAAUUCGAGAGCUCUCGCGAGGAGUUCUUCAAGCAGAUGUCCAGCCAGAAGGCGCGCCAUGCCAGCAAGGCCUCCGCAGCGGACACGCUCAGCCAGAGGGGGACCGCCAAAGACGACUACCCUCGCGUGACGGAGGGCUACUCGCUCAAGGCAGCCCGCUCUAUGGAUGUCCCUGGCCCGCUUGAGCCCCCGCUCUUGGAGGACUACAAGCGCAGCUACUCCCACCAGCGCAUGGAGGACAAGAGCACCGAGACGCAGCGCAAGCAAGGCCGCAGCGACGGCAAGGCCUACCUGCAGGAGCCCCCCUCGCCGCCCCCUCUCCCGCCACCCUUUGACCACUAUAUGGGCCACAAAGGGGACCCCAAGCCCCCCGACUACAUGCUGUCCCAGUCGGUAGACCACCUGGCUCGCCCCACCUCCCUGAGCCAGCCCGGGCAGUUGAUCUUCUGCGGUUCCAUCGACCACAUGAAGGACACCAUGUAUCGCAACGUCAUGCCGACCCUCGUCAUCCCGGCCCACUACAUGCGCUUGGCACCGUCCGAGCAGCCUCCGGGAAGCUCCGAGAACCCGCCGGACAUGGACCCAGCCGGCCUGGGGCUGCCCCACCAGUUUGGCCCCCAGGAUCAGCAGCGGCAGCAGCUCCUCCAGCAGCAGCUCCAGCACCCGCAGUUCCAGCUGCAGCCGCACUCGUCGGAAGAGGCGGAGGGGAAGGGCUGGGGCCCCCACGCCCAGUCCGUCAGCGGCUCGGUCACUAUCCCCGUGCUGCUGAACGAGUCCACCAUGGCCCAGCUGAACGGGGAGCUGCAGGCUCUCACCGAGAAGAAGCUGCUGGAGCUGGGGGUGAAGCAGCACCCGCGGGCCUGGUUCGUGUCCCUGGACGGGCGCUCCUCGCAGGUCCGCCACUCGUACAUCGACCUCCAGGGCAACGAGAGGAGCCGGAGCAACGACGCCAGCCUCGACUCGGGCGUGGACGUCAACGAGGCCAAGCCGCCGAAGCGCCUCAAGGAGGAGCGCCUGGCCUCCACGAUGGCCCCCGCCUACUCCAAGCUGGUCUUCGCCGACGCCGACACGGAGCAGAGCAGCAGCGAGAGCCGCACCGCCAUCUGCUCGCCCGAGGACAACUCCCUGACCCCCCUGCUGGACGAGAACGCCGACCACCGCGCCGCCACCAUCCCCCGGCGCGGGCGCAGCCGCGGCAACAGCUCCCGCAGCAGCAACAGCAACAGCGAGCUGCGGCGCGACUCCAUGACCAGCCCCGAGGACGACAGCAACGAGCCCUCCGAGGGGACGGACGACCAGGGCGACAAGAAGAGCCCCUGGCAGAAGCGCGAGGAGCGGCCCCUCAUGGUCUUCAACGUGAAGUAGCCGGCAGGCGGAUGGAGUCGCCCUC